AUGACUAGUACAAGCGAUGACAAUAAAAGCAGUGAAGAUACAGCGUCGGAAAGUAAAUCUGAGUCACAGGUGCCAUCAAAUUCCUCAAAAGUGAACGAAAGUGAGGUGAGCCCAAAUGAAGCUUCAGUUGAAGAACCAAAAAGCGAUGAAGGUAGCCAAAAAAAUGAAACACAGACUGAAGUUCAAACUGAAGUUCCCAGGCGCAGAAGUAGAAUAGAGACUUAUGAUGAGUUCGCUCGUUUUAGAGAUUCCAGUCGAGCUCCUGACAGCCAUCUUCCUCUGGGACCUGGACCAGGAUAUAGAAACAAGAGCAAUAAGUUAUUCUUUAAGGAAACUUUAGUAAUAUCACUUUUAUUGCAUAAAGUUAUUUAUUAA